UCUGAGUCCUUCUCACAAAGAGCAGGAGACAGACUCCACAUGUGCCCUGGGGUCUGCAUUUGUGCGUCAGACCUGAUGAGUUGUGUCAGUCGGAGCCUGACCCUGGUGCCUCCUGGACUACCCGCUACCGCAACCAGUCUGGACCUCAGUCACAACAAUUUGCAUCGGCUGCAGGAUAACUGGCUGGCUCAGCUACCCCGUCUACACACACUUCGAGUUGGCCACAAUCGCAUCCAUCACAUUUCCACGGCGGCCUUCCACAAUGCCUCCCAGCUUGCUCACCUGGACCUGUCCUCCAACAAGCUGCACACGGUGGAAAAACAUUUUUUCCAGGAGCUGAUAAACCUGCAGGAGCUGCUGCUUUACAACAACCAGAUAGUGCGUGUGGACAGUGAAGCCUUGCACAGGCUCAGCAAUGUGCGGAAGGUAUACCUCAGCUGGAACCAGUUAACCGAUUUCCCAUUCAGUGCCUUGCAGGAGGGCAGCCUGCCUCAGCUCAAGAUAAUGGAUAUCUCAUCUAACAGGCUCUCUUCCAUCCCUGUUGACAAGGUGACUGCAUUGCCUCAGACCAUUAAAAACGGCCUUUACCUGCACAACAACCCUUUCAUGUGUGACUGCACUCUGUACAAUAUGUUCCUGCACUGGGAGAACAAUGGCUUUAAUUCUGUUCAUGAUUUCCGAGAGGAGCACACUUGCCUGGCCCUUAGACAGCCCAAGGCCAUCCUCCGCUUCCUGAAGCACCGCAAGAUGUUUGAAAACUGUACCUUACCGUAUGGUCUGAUCAAUAUGGUGGAUGACAGCUUCAGGGGAGUGGUGGGGGAACCGCUGAUGAUCAGCUGCAACACCAGCUUGCAGGAUGCACAGACAACUUACCAGUGGAUCUCACCAAACAGAGAACUCAUCAUGUAUACAAACAGUGUUAACAAGACAUUUAAACUCUACUCCAAUGGCAGCUUGGAGAUCCGCAAGGUCCAAAAAGAGCAUUCUGGUGUAUACACAUGCCUUGCAAAGAACAAGCGGCUGAUGCGCAAUGAGUCCCGAGAGGUCAAUGUGACUGUGCAUUACGAAAAACAUGAUGCGGAGGGCUUCAACACAGGUCUCACCACACUUCUCGGCUGUGUGGUGAGCCUGGUCCUGGUGCUCAUGUACUUGUACUUGACUCCAUGCCGCUGCUGGUGUAGACCAGCACAAGCUCCCUCUCUGCCAAAUGAGUGCAGCGCCCAGUCUUCCAUUCUGACCGCCACCCCACCCUGCAACGAAGACACUGGCCGCAAAGCCAGCAGUGGCAAACAUGUGGUGUUCCUGGAGCCAGUAAAGGACAGCCAGAAUGGAAAGAUUCGCCUUGCAGUAAGCGAGGAGUUCCCAGAGGUCAAAAAUCCCAAAGUCCUGCAGCUAAAGACGGACUCGGAUUCCACCAGUUCCAUCUUUUCAGACACUUCAAUUACGCAAUAGACUCAAAAGGUGAAAAGAUAUCUGGUGCUUCAGAACAGGAGGCUUUUCUAAAAAGUACGUACAUCCUGAGUUGAUGGUCCAAUGAGAAUAACAGAGGGAUGUUAUAUUCUAGUACUCUUUACAAAGAGCAGAAUGUUCUGUUGACAGUUUACAAGUAAUUCUUCCCAUGACCACUUAAUGGAAAAGCAAUACCCUACAGUGGGAAAGCUGAUUUUAGCUCUUUGUUCAUAUCACACAUGCUUAGGUUUGGAUCUCCACUUUCAUCCUGCUGCCUUGCGUUUGGCAUUGGAUUGUUCCCAGGCAAUCACCAGGACAGUAAUUAUUAAAAAGCAAUGAUGGGUGAGGCUGGGAGAUUGAAUCAUGAGUUUUUAAUGAAGGAAAUGCCUAUUCUUCAACUAUAUUGUGUCCUUCGUACAUGUGUAUACUGUAUUUAACAAACACUCUCAGAACCAUUUCAUGUUUGCUGCAAUGAUGUAAUCCUCAUAGGACAUGGUUUAUAAUAAAUGAUUCUGUUAAUUUUUAUCCGAGCAUACCUGAUGUGUUGAGUAUUAUAGGUGAACAGCAGUAAGGGAGGGCAAUUAUUGCAAUAUCAAACCUAUGACUCUAAUUUUAUUUCAGUGACUUGAAAUAAAAUUAUUUACUUAUUUCUUAAAAUCUAAAUGCGACUGCAAGCAGAGGGUACAAGUAUUAUAUAAUA